GCGGGGUACAGGAGCCCCAGAUCCCCGGCUGCUCUUCGCGCCCCAGGAUCAGUCUUGGCCCCCAAAGCGCGGCAUACAAAUCCACAUAAUCUGAACGCAAUGGAUGCUGACGAGGGUCAAGACAUGUCCCAAGUUUCAGGGAAGGAGAGCCCCCCAGUCAGUGACACUCCCGAUGAAGGGGAUGAACCCAUGCCUGUCCCCGAAGACCUCUCCACCACCUCUGGAUCACAGCAGAACUCCAAGAGUGAGCGAGGCAUGGCCAGUAAUGUUAAAGUAGAGACUCAGAGUGAUGAAGAGAAUGGGCGUGCCUGUGAAAUGAAUGGGGAAGAAUGUGCAGAGGACUUACGAAUGCUUGAUGCCUCAGGAGAGAAAAUGAAUGGCUCCCACAGGGACCAAGGCAGCUCGGCUCUGUCAGGAGUUGGAGGCAUUCGGCUUCCUAACGGAAAACUAAAGUGUGAUAUCUGUGGGAUCAUUUGCAUCGGGCCCAAUGUGCUCAUGGUUCACAAAAGAAGUCAUACUGGUGAGCGGCCCUUCCAGUGUAACCAGUGCGGGGCCUCCUUCACCCAGAAGGGCAACCUGCUGCGCCACAUCAAGCUGCACUCAGGCGAGAAGCCUUUCAAGUGCCACCUCUGCAACUAUGCCUGUCGCCGCAGGGAUGCCCUCACCGGCCACCUGAGGACACACUCUGUUGGUAAGCCUCACAAAUGUGGAUAUUGUGGCCGAAGCUAUAAACAGCGAAGCUCUUUAGAGGAACAUAAAGAGCGCUGCCACAACUACUUGGAAAGCAUGGGCCUUCCAGGCACGAUGUACCCAGUCAUUAAGGAGGAAACUAACCACAGUGAGAUGGCCGAAGACCUGUGCAAGAUAGGAGCAGAGAGGUCCCUUGUUCUGGACAGACUGGCAAGCAACGUCGCCAAACGUAAGAGCUCUAUGCCUCAGAAAUUUCUUGGAGACAAGUGUCUGUCAGACAUGCCCUAUGACAAUGCCAGUUAUGAGAAGGAUGGGAUGAUGACAUCUCACGUGAUGGACGAAGCCAUCAACAACGCCAUCACCUACCUGGGGGCUGAGUCCCUGCGCCCGCUGGUGCAGACACCUCCCGGAAGCUCCGAGGUGGUGCCCGUCAUCAACUCCAUGUACCAGCUGCACAAGCCCCCCGCAGACGGCCCCCCACGGCCCAACCACUCGGCGCAGGAUAGCGCCGUGGAGAACUUGCUGCUGCUGUCCAAGGCCAAGUCUGUGUCAUCGGAGCGGGAGGCCUCCCCGAGCAACAGCUGCCAAGACUCCACGGACACCGAGAGCAACGCUGAGGAGCAGCGCAGUGGCCUCAUCUACCUGACCAACCACAUCACCCCGCAUGUGCGCAACGGGCUGGCCCUCAAGGAGGAGCAGCGAGCCUAUGAGGUGCUGAGGGCGGCCUCAGAGAACUCGCAGGAUGCCUUCCGCGUGGUCAGCACGAGUGGCGAGCAGCUCAAGGUGUACAAGUGCGAACACUGCCGCGUGCUCUUCCUGGAUCACGUCAUGUACACCAUCCACAUGGGCUGCCAUGGCUUCCGGGAUCCUUUUGAGUGUAACAUGUGUGGUUAUCACAGCCAGGACAGGUACGAGUUCUCAUCCCAUAUCACACGGGGGGAGCAUCGCUACCACCUGAACUAAACCGGGCCGGGCCCCACAGAAGCACAAAGAUAGCUGCCUAUGCCUCCCUCCUGGCAGCUGGACCCACAGCGGACAAUGUUGGGUGUGGAUUUGCAGGCAGCAUUUGUUCCUUUAAGUUGGUUGUUUGGGAUUUGAUUUGUGUUAGAAGACAAGUUUUUAAUGUUAGAGACAGGAUUGCAUUGCAUCGGGAGCAUUCAGAACAUCCACCCUUCUAGACGGUUUUGUUGACUGCCAGCUGAGAUUUCCCUUGACCAGUGGCUUUCUGACCCACACCACCACCACCCAACAGAGCCUGAAUUUUCAGAGAAUUGAAUAAGAGAAUUAUCCAAGAAGGAGCAAAGAGAACCUUUCCCUAAGCAAAGUUUAUGCCCCAUGGAUUCUCCAAAUCUCCCCAAAACAUCAUAGUCACUGGGGUGGGGCCAUCUCAGGGAGCUCCACAGGUGAGCCGCAAGACCAGAUAGAUCAAAGGCAGCUGGGGAGGAGCAAGGACACAGCCUGUGUGGAGGAGACCAGGGCAGAAGGUUGAUCUUUCAAAGAUGCUAUUAAGUAAGUCACAUAAUGAAUGGGAACAUGGCGUCUGGACAAAUGCCUAGGAUUCAUCUGGGCAAGAAGGGAAGGGGAUUGGAGAGCCUUGUAGACUCCUCUUCAUUGGCCAGAUCACACCCAGCCUCUGGGGGCUUGUCGCCCAGUGAGAUGAGCUCAGCACUCCUGUGGGCAUUUUUGGAGUAGCCCUCUUCCCAAAGCUCAUCACUGCAUUUUAGACCCCAAGCCCAAAACUGAGACCUUCCUUCAAACUUCUCACACUGUAAGAUCCCUCUGAAGCCAAAGCUUUUGUCUGGGUGUCUGUUCUUCCCUGAACUGUCUGGGAAGUCCAACCCCAUCUCUUCAUUUCAGCGGAUUCCUGUUCUGAUUAUAGCCAUGGACCUGGCUGUCUCAGUCUGAUAACCAUCUUUUUCUGCUCACACUGUGUGUUAUUUUUGUUUGAAAGCCUAUAAAACCAUUAUUCAGAAUGACCAUUUUUAGGAAAUAUAUGAGCCCGGCAUCUCAGUGGCUGAAGCACAGAAUAUUCUUGCUGUUAAACAAAAAUUCUAGAUGGUCUGAAACUCUUCAGCAUAAACACCAGAUAUCAUGUGUUUUCACAUAAACAGGACAGGAACCAUGCAUCCUUGACCAGGUAAAGGUAUUAGGAUAUUGGAAUGUCUGGGGCCCCGGUGUGACCAGUUCGGGUUCCUAGAGAGAAAUGCCCAUCAGAUAUCACAGAAAAGAGGCAGGUAAGGUGGUAGAGGUGAGAUCUGGUCCAGCCAAACCAAGACAGGGAUGCCACACUGUUAGGUAGCUGGAGGUUCUCAAUAGGACAGGCCUCUCUUAAGAGUCAGUAUUAGGGUCAUGAACCUACACCACCUCAAUGAAGCUCCCUGAGGAGAUUCCAAAGAACUGGAAGGGAGAUUGUCUAUAGCAGCACUUGGGUUAAAGCAAGCAUUCUUAGUCAGAGCCCUCCUGAUGCAGGGGGCUUGUCAUCGCUGGUGGAGACUGUUCUAUGAAUUGUAGCUUACCUAGCAGGAUCCCUCGUCACUGCCCAGUAGAUGUCAGUAGCAUCCUAGCUGAUACCCAAACCUGUCUCCCAGGUGUUCCCUGGGGGCACACCACUGAUCUAAAUUCUAAGCUGGUGGAAAGUGUGGGAAAGUUUCCACAAAUAAGAAGCACCUGAAGCCUUUUCUAGUCAGCAGCCUCCAGCUGCACUCUUUCUUUGGGAAGUGGAUGAAUUCCGUAUGUGCAUUUGAGAAUGCACUUCCUCAAAUGCUUCUGAGUUCAGUUGCAAGGAUGAAGCACUCUUAAGUGUGGAUUUCUCUGCUUCCAGAACAAUGUGGCGUUUUGAAAGUAAAAAUAAAAUUGUGACUAUAAUGAUUUACAGUAAGAAUUUGAGGAACCAGAGCUGUGAACAACUUUUGUUCAAUAUGCAGUUAUGGAGAAAGGCUGGCCUUGCCCAAAUUCAUAUAGUCCAGUGACAGCCUUCCAAGCCUCCAGUUUGUUGGCAGCUCCUGUUCACUCUUGUCCUUAUCCAGGAGAGCCUCAGGGUCAGCUGGUCCAAGGGAGAUGGCUCCAACCCUCACCCCUACCCCUGCCACUGGCGUUCACAGGUUAAAGCAGAAUUGUAAAUAGUGGCUUCAGGAGCUGUUUUCUAGAAUGCUUCGCCCCUUGCUCUCACUGCCUUUUUUUUUUUUAGAUGAUAUGUCUAUUUGCACACCUUUUGUUGUGGUUUUAUAUUGUAACAGCAUUUUUUGAAACUAUUGUAUUUAAGAUAAGGUUUCAUAUUAUGUCCACAAGUAAUUAAAUUAUGUUUGAAGGUGGCUAUAUUCUGUAUCAAACGUUGAUGAUGUUUUCUUUAGUUGGUAAAGUAGGGUUUUGCAUGACCUCACUUUUUGU